GGUGGAGGUGGCGCCACAUAGCGGUCAUGUGUGAACUAAUACAGGAUUACACGAUUGAAGAGAGAAAAAGCGUGUGACAUUAUUAUUAACAAAAAGAAAAAGCAAACUUCCGCGCAAAUAGUUGGAAAAUUUAAGGAAUAUAUAGUUUUAUAAAAUUGAUUUUUAGAUGACAUCUCGCGCGAAAGUUCUCUUGAAUUUUGUACGUUACUCGUCAAAUCUGAGACGGAGGAUCAAGUGGAAGGACGCAGAGGGUAAUCCAGAGGGUGUAAAAUACGGAUACAUUACAUACUUUCCGAGGCAUCCAAAUGAAGUUGACCCAGCGUUUGAACCGAGCAAACUGUUUAUUAUAAAAUUGGUGAAGCCUUUUAAGGGUAAUCCGUGGUGGGAGAAGAAUGUACUCAAACAGUUAGGUUUUGAUAAGGAGAAAAGGGAUCCAGUGAUUUGUAAAAAUACGCCAAGUUUGUGCGCCAUGCUUUGGAAGGUGAAACAUUUGGUGGUGAUCACGCCCAUUACGUUACCUGAUAACAUGCCAACUGCGGAUGAUCUAAAUAGCACGUAUUUACAUUUACACAAUGGCAAGUUUAGUGCUAUACCAAAAGUAGAUCCUGUUCGUAUAGAAGCUACGGAAAAUUUCACGAAGAAUCCGAAAAAGCUGGAUGGUGAAGGUGUAGAAAACAAAUUAAGAUGGCAGUGGAAUGUUGGACGUGCUAUCUUUAGUAAUUCAUCGUAAUGCAAAUGAGUGUAAAUGUUGAUGACCAUAGCAAUAAAAAUGGCAUAUAAGAAUGAAAAUGCAAAACUUG